ACGAAUCCAACGGUUCAGAUUCAGUUUAGUUUCUGCCCAUUCCCUCUUGCUUUCUAUAUUCGCUUAUUCUUCUUUCCUUUUCCUCUGGUUGUCUCUGUCUUUUUCGCAUUUCUGCUCCAUUUUUGCAGCUUUCUGAAACCAUGUCUUCGUCCGAGAAGGAGAGAGAGACACAGGUCUACUUGGCCAAGCUCGCCGAGCAGGCAGAGCGCUAUGACGAAAUGGUUGAGUGUAUGAAGAAUAUUGCAAAGCUUGAUCUCGAACUAACUGUGGAGGAGAGGAACCUUCUUUCUGUCGGGUACAAAAAUGUCAUAGGUGCACGACGAGCCUCUUGGCGCAUCAUGUCUUCAAUUGAGCAGAAAGAGGAGACCAAGGGAAAUGAAGGCAUUGUAAAAUUGAUAAAGGGUUACCGCCAGAAAGUAGAGGAGGAACUUUCAAAGAUUUGUGGUGAUAUUCUCUCUAUCAUAGACAAGCAUCUAAUCCCCCAUUCGUCCUCUGCAGAAGCCACUGUCUUCUACUACAAGAUGAAAGGUGACUACUUUCGCUAUCUUGCUGAGUUCAAGACAGAUCAAGAUAGAAAAGAAGCUGCUGAUCAGUCAUUGAAGGGAUAUGAGGCUGCCUCAAGCACUGCGAAUACUGAACUCCCAUCAACCCACCCCAUCCGGCUUGGCCUUGCUCUCAAUUUUUCUGUCUUCUACUACGAGAUUAUGAAUUCUCCUGAGAGAGCUUGCCAUUUAGCUAAACAAGCUUUUGAUGAGGCAAUUGCAGAGUUGGAUACCUUGAGUGAGGAAUCAUACAAGGACAGCACUCUAAUCAUGCAACUGUUGAGAGACAACCUCACCCUCUGGACCUCAGAUUUGCCUGAAGACGGCGGUGAAGAGAACGUCAAAGCUGAGGAUUCCAAGCCUGUUGAACCUGAGCCCCAGCAAGCGAAAUGAGAGAGCCCCUCUACACAUCAUCUGGAGAUCGGAUUUCUUUCCAAAGAGAAUUUAAAGAAUAGCUCUACGGUGUGGGAUUGGACUGCACUAUCAGAUUUCUUGCGGCGUUUUUUGUAUUCAUUUGAUCCAACUGAAGCUGGAGUUUUUUUUUUUUUUGCCAAGCUUUUGUUUCAAGUUCAAAUUCAAAUUCACCUCUUCUUUCAUGUUGUUGAUUCGUAAAAUUAAGUGGAUAAUUGAAUCAUAACUAUCAUAUCUUAUCUCUAUUAUUGUAA